AUUUUUUAAAUUGUUUCAUAAAACCGCGCCCGUGAAUUACUACCUCAUAAUGUUUGGUCUACGUGCGUACGCAAGAAUUGGAACACUCCUCCGUAAUGGUGCCAGCCAGCACCGGUCCAUCGCUAGCCUUUCGGCACUGCCCGAUACACAUCAGAUGCUGCAGAAAACGUGCCGUGAUUUCGCCGAUAACGAGCUGGUCCCGAAUGCGGCCCGAUUUGAUCGAGAGCAUCUCUACCCGGCCGAACAGAUCCGCAAGAUGGGCGAACUGGGACUGAUGGCCGUUGCGGUGAAGGAAGAGUACGGUGGCACCGGGCUGGACUAUUUGGCGUAUGCCAUCGCAAUGGAAGAAAUAUCCCGCGGCUGUGCAUCGGCCGGGGUGGUGAUGUCGGUUAACAACUCACUCUACCUCGGACCGUUGACACACUUUGGCAACGAGCAACAGAGGCAACAGUACGUGGUCGGCUACACGGACGGGGCCAAGGUGGGCUGCUUUGCCCUUUCCGAGCCGGGCAACGGGUCGGACGCCGGUGCGGCUUCGACGACCGCAACCCGCCAGGGUGACCACUGGCUGUUGAAUGGGACCAAGUGUUGGAUCACGAACGGGUACGAAGCCGGCGCAGCGGUCGUUUUUGCGACCACCGAUAAGAGCCUCAAGCACAAGGGCAUUUCCGCGUUCAUUGUGCCAAAGGAUGUGGCCGGUUUUUCGCUCGGCAAAAAAGAAGACAAGCUCGGUAUCCGCGGUUCGUCGACCUGUUCCCUGAUCUUCGAAGAGUGUGCCAUUCCGGCCGCAAACUUGCUCGGCGAGCCGGGGUCGGGAUUUAAGAUCGCGAUGCAAACACUGGACGCCGGUCGGAUCGGGAUCGCCAGCCAGGCGCUCGGUAUUGCACAAGCAUCGCUCGAGUGUGCCGUCGAUUACGCCGGCAAGCGGAUGGCGUUCGGAAAACCGAUCGCAAAGCUACAGGCCAUACAAAGUAAGCUAGCCGAUAUGGCUACGCGACUGGAAGCGGCCCGAUUGCUCACUUGGCGUGCGGCGUGGCUGAAGGACAACAAGAAACCGUUCACGAAGGAGGCAGCGCAAGCCAAAUUGGCCGCUUCCGAAGCGGCCACCUUCUGCUCGCACCAGUCCAUCCAGAUUCUGGGCGGUAUGGGGUACGUUUCGGAUAUGCCGGCCGAGCGACACUACCGGGACGCUAGGAUCACGGAGAUUUACGAGGGUACGUCCGAGAUCCAGCGGCUCGUCAUCGCCGGUGCCGUACUGAAAGAGUUGUCGCGCUAACCUCCCUAUGGUGAAGAGAUGAAGAAUUUAUUUUUAAAUACAUUGUGUAACAUAAUUUUUUGAAUUGUUAUAAACUUUAGGCGUUUCAGUUUAUCAUUUUUUUCUUUACAAAAAUACUACCCCCCUGUAUGUUACCUAUUUUAGUGACUGGUUGCGGUUGUGGAUGUCAUAUAAAAUGUAAUUCCGAAGCUAUUUUUUCCGGAAAGCUAAUUGCAUCGAAACCGAACUGGCCGUUUUCCUAUUAACACAAAGGAUGCCACUUUUAAAGUUAAGCUACUUUACCCCUUUACUCGUUCGAUGUGGGCACUGGUUUCUUCGGAGACACCGCAUAUCUCUCCUCCAUAUCAAAAGUUAUACAAGUGCACUCUUGUACUCGUAUACUAAAUUCUUGUAGAACCGUUCACCAAAUACUCAGCCGAUACCUAUAGCUACUCUCCCAUAUAUCCAAUACAAGCGUAUUCUUGUACACAUUUUGUGUAUGCUAACGUUUAGCACGUGCUGCUCUUCUUUUGCGAAGAAGACUUACUAAAGGAAGCGUAAAAUUAGCUUUUUGCUAGUGGCAGGAACCAAAUGUUGUUUAUACUUUAGCCGAGCGCUUGUGCGAACGAUUAAUCCGGUUAAUCUUAAUGCGAUUCGGAAGUGCCUAAGGAGUCACUGCCUACUGUGUGCACGCCAACGAGCAGCGGGUUGUGUAAAUAGUUGAUGU